CACUUUAGGAAAUAUAUGGCCCAUUGGCCAUAUUUAGUAGGCCGAAGUAAAAGUGUCAUAAUUCUAAGCCCCAAAAUUAAGCCCACUCUUCUAGCCAUCUUCCUCCCGCAACUAUAAUCUCUUCCGCCAAGACACGCGCAUUCACACUAAUAUGUGAUUCUGAUAAGAGUAUCGACUAUUGAACAUUCAUAAAUUACUUCACAAAAUUUCAUGGCUUCUACGUUUAAUUUUCAUACUCUAUGCACCCCAGUAUACUAUUCAUCAAGAUCAUACAGUUACAAAUCUAAAACCCUAGCUUUCAGCUCUCGGUUACCAUGCCAAUCGCUUUUGAAGUCGAAGAAGCGGUCUGUGAUUCCAGUUGUUCAAAAUAGAAAGCUCAGGUCUCGAAUCUACGCAGCACAAUCAAAUUUUUUCAGAGUGCUUCAAAAAGCAUAUAAGGUAGGAAAAGAUGGAAUUGAAGCAGGAACAAAUUUAGUGCCUGAUUCUAUACCAAGACCAAUUGCUAGGAUAUCUGUGGGUGUAAUUGGAGCAGCUGUUGUACUAUUUCUACUCAAGUCAUUCUUGUCCACAGCUUUCUUUUUUCUGACUACAAUGGGAUUGAUUUACUUUGUGUUUAUCGCGUUGAACAAAGAUGAGGGCCCCACAGGUGGCGGAAGCACCACCACCACUUCAACAGAAGAAAGCCUUGAAGAAGCAAGGAGAAUCAUGGAGAAUUGUCACAAAAAUAAUCGGUUCUACUUUCUUUGGUCAAGGUGGCAAAACAAUCGGGAAAUGUGUUUUUCUGAAUGCAUAUCUCACAAGGGGACGCAUUUGGAUUUUGGUGAAACUGAAUAUAUUCUCAUUUGUGGUUUAAAAGUUGGUCCUUAUGUGGAUUUACUCCACGAUGAAAAAGGUCGGUCAUAUUCAAAUCUUCGUGCUCGGUUGUUCCCAGACAUUUUUUAUGCACGUUUGCGGUUGAAAGAUUUGGAAGACUUCAUUAUGUCUCCGAAUUAUUUGGCAGUUCAAGAUGAAGAUGUUGUGAUGCUUAUCUAGCUUGUUUUUAUGUUGAAGGACUCCAUGGACGGGAUGUUAAAACGUGCA